CCUCCCCCUGCGUCCGACCCGACUGGUGGGUGGCCUGGGCCGUCACCCUGGUGGGCCGGUCUCGGCUCUCCGGCCGCCCCAGUGGGCGGGGCGGCGCCAUGCGGGAGGCAGCGGCGGCGGCGGUCGAGCCGGGCCCCAAGCGCAGGCGCGCAGAGGAGGCCGGCUCCUCGGGCGCCGCAGAGGGCGCCUCGGAGGCGAGGCUGGCCGCCGUGCGCGAGGAGCUGGGCGGGGUCCGGCGCCGCAUCGCCUCGCUGCGAGCGCGCGAGGAGCAGCUGGUCCAGGAGGAGAGCGGGCUGGAGCGAGGGCUCGCCGACGCCAGUGCCGCGCGCGCCCGCGCGGAGGCGGCUGCGCAGGACUGGACGGGCGGCUUCGCGUGGGACGCGGCGGUGGCCAAGGCUCUGCGCGAUGUCUUUGGGCACGGUGGCUUCAAGCCUCUGCAGCAGGAGGCAGUCAACGCCGUGCUGAGUGGGCGAGACGUCUUCGCUGUGAUGCCCACAGGAAGCGGGAAGUCGCUCUGCUACCAGCUGCCGGCGGCGCUGUGGCGCGGCCAGGCCAAGGGCGUGGGAGCGCGGGGCGUGGUCCUGGUCGUCUCGCCGCUGCUGGCGCUGAUGCACGACCAGCUGCGCAGCAUGCGCGCCGUGGGCCUCGACGCGCGCAUGCUCAGCUCGGACGCGGACAAGGUGGAGCGGAAGGAGACGCUGGCCGCCUUGGGGGCGGCCACCGCCACGCUGGUCUACACCACCCCGGAGUUCCUGGCGAAGAGCAAGAUGGCGCUCGCGAAGCUGCAGCAGGCGUGGAAGGCGGGGCUGCUGCGCCUGGUGGCCGUCGAUGAGGCGCACUGCUGCUCCCAGUGGGGGCACGAGUUCCGGCCCGACUACCUGAAGCUGAAGGUCCGGGCGUUGCCGUGUGUGUGUGUGUGUGUGUCCUUGGCCAAAGGUGUCAGGAUCUCCAGGCAACCAGGCAGCCUCCAUGGCACCCCUCGCGAUGCCCACAGGGCCCCGGGUUCUCCAUGGCAGCACGAGAAGGCGGAGACGCCUCAGGGACAACUUUGGCCCCUCCGGGAGGUGCUGCGCGAGAGCUUCCCCGGGGUGCCCAUCGUGGCGCUGACCGCCACGGCAACCGAGGCGGUGCAGCAGGACGUGGAGACCCAACUCGGGAUCCGCGGGUGCCUGCUGCUGCGGGGGCGCUACAACAGGCCGAACCUGUUCUACGCCGUCGCGGCGAAGCCGGAGAAGCGCGAUGACAUCCUCGACUGGCUCGCGGAGUUUGCGAGCGCCCGGCACCGAGGCGCCUCCGGGCUUGUCUACUGCCUUAGUUGCAAGGACGUCGAUCAGGUGGCCAGGGGUUUGCGCGAGAGGGGCGUGCGCGCAGUACCGUACCACGCUCAACUGCAGCCGGCGGACAGGCAGGAGGCCUACCGAGCAUGGGUGGCAGGCGAGGCUAGCGUUGUCGUUGCCACUAUAGCUUUCGGCAUGGGCAUCGACAAGGCAGACGUGCGGUUCGUGGUGCACGAGACGUUGCCCAAGUCGGUGGAAAACUACUACCAGGAGAGUGGCCGUGCCGGCAGAGAUGGCCGCCCAGCGGAGUGCGUGCUUCUGUACCGGCCCGCGGACGUACAGCGGCUCACGUCACUCGUGGCCGAGAAUGUGAACCGCGAGCGGAACGUGGCUCUGGUCUACGAGAUGCUGCUCUGCGUCGACCCAGCCGGGGAUCAGCCCUGUCGGCGGAAGGCGCUUGCCCGCUACUUCGGGGACGAGUGGCAGGCCUCCGACUGCCGUGGGCUCUGCGACGUGUGCCGACGCGGGCCGGCGAAGGCCGCAGGGGGAGGUGAUGACGCCGCGCUCGCGCGGGCGCUGCUGCGGACGCUGGCGACCGCGACUGCGAACGAAGCCGCGGGGGGCGACAGGAUCACCGUUCUGAAGGCCGUCGACGUGGCCCGCAGCGAGGCCGCAGCCGCCCGCGCGCUGCGCGGCGGCGCCCCGGCAGAUCCGGCGUGCAAGGCGGCGGCGCCGCGGCGGGUGGAGCGCAUCCUGGCCCGCCUCCUGGCGGAGGGCCACCUCAGCGAGGACUUCGCGUUCAACGCCUACGGGAUCAACAGCUACCUGCGGCUGACGCCGCGCGGCCGCGAGGCGGCCGGCGGGGCCCGCGGGCUGCAGGUGCGCCUCUGCGAGCUGCCGCUCCCGCAGGAUCUUCCCCUGCCGCCCGCGGGCGGCUCCUGAGCGGAGGGGGUGGCGUGGCCGCGUGCGGCCGCCGCCCUGGGAGUCGGAGGAGCAAGAGGUGCCAUACCGCUGCUCGUCCUGGGGGUCGGAGCUCAAGCGACGGGGAUCGAUGCCAACGGGGGUCAGUCAGAGCGCCGGCUCUUGCAGGAUCCUGCAGGGCCAGGGGCGCCCCUGGCCCGGGCUUGGGGCUCAGGAUCCUGCAGGACCCUGCAGGAUCUUGCAGGGCCCUGCGAGGCCUGCCUGGCCCGGGCUGGCGUUGGCCCGGGUCGGUGUGCGUCCCCGAGGAGGGCCCUCGCCGCGCCACGGCUGGAGUCCCUCCUCCUCGAGGCUCUGGCCCUCGAGGCGCCCCACGAGGCGGCCGGAGAGGAGCGGUGCCGGUGUGCCAAGCUGUGCGUGCCCCUGCAGCGGGGGCUCGCUGCCGCAGCCCGAGGGGAGCGGCGCGGCCAGCGGCCCGUCCCAGGGAGGGCCGGCGGCGCGCGCGAGCGGGGCGGGGCGCGGGG